AUGUCAAAUAAAAUAGAAGUGUAUCAACAACUACGACCAAAUGACAACUACACUUACAAAUUAAUCCAAAUCCCACCACAAACAAUAACUCACCUUCAAAAUUCAAAUAAUUUACAAUUAAAAACAACGAAAGAAAAUAGUAAUGUAUUAUUAACAACAACCAAUAAAACUUUUAGGAUGAGACAAAAUAAUCAUUCAAAUACUAUUUUAUUAAUGAAUCAUGAAUUUUUCGGUGGUGGUGGUUCUAGACUUGUGGGGUAUGAUAAAUGUUUUUAUCAAUAUGAAAUUAAUGAAAUACCUGGAUUAAUUAAUGAUGAAUUAAAUAUACCAAUACUAGAAAAUGAAAAAGAUAUUGAGAAGAUAAGUGGAAGAAGAGUUACUAAAAAUGAAUUAUUUGAAAAAAGUCCUUGUUCACUCGAGGAAUUUGAAUUGAAAUGGAUUGAAUUAAAUUUUAUUGAAUUUAAUUCCAAAGUAUUUAAAAUAUCUUUUAGUUUAAUAACUGAAAUAUUAUUUGAUUUAAUUACUUACCUAAUAAGUACUAAAUCUACAGAUUAUGAGUUCGUAAAAGAUGAAAUAGUAAUCGAUCAUUUAUCAAUACUAGUAGAAUCAAUUAUUUUGAAAUUUACUACUGAGAAAAAUGGGAAAUAUAAAUUAAAUAAUGAAAAAAUUAUAUCAUGGUUUGGAAUUAUUGAAUUAACAAAACUGAAACAAUUGAAAUUGAAUGAUUUUUAUUUGAAUUGGAAAAAUUCCCUUCCGUCAUUUUAUAAUUUCCCACUAGAUUUAUUACAAAUAAAAGGAAAUUACGUAACUUACAUUCAUCAAAAUAAUCAAUAUAUAAAAUAUAUUAACCCCGCAAAUUUAUCCAAAGAUGUUAAUUUAAGAUUUAAACAAUUAUUGUCAAUUCAAUCUAUUUGGAAAUAUGAAGAACUUUGUGAAUUUUUUGAUGAUUUUAUUAAAGUUGGGAAAAAAAUUGAUUCAACUAUAUUAAAAUUUGGUAAGAAGAAGAAAAUAAGUGGUGGGAAAUUUAUAGUUACUGGAAGAUAA